GAGGCAUGUCAUUGACCUUUGUUUUAUGAGGCAAUAUACUUACUUCUGUACCAAGUCAACUAGCCGGAAAGAUUUUAGGAAGUUUGUCUUGGAAACUGAAAGUCAAAGUCGGCAUGUGACAGUACCCAAUAAAGGUUAAGCUUCGAGGGUAUGAACCAUGUGAACUUUUGAACACUAAGUCAGCUAAAGUUACUGACAUUUUUUUUUUUUAUUCAUAACGUUAUUAAAAGGAUGUAUUUCAGAGAGUUUGGUCUCAACAGGGACGAAGAGGGACAUGAUGGAGACUGUGGGCUAAAGGAACCGGCUGACUCUCCUGUCUGCAUACCGUAGGCUGAGCAUGCGCUUUCCUGAGAGGAGCGGUGUGGGAAGCAAGCUCCCAAGGUGAGAGAAAAGGGCGGGAAAUGGACGGAAGUGAGGCUCCAGUCACGUGGGCGCGCGCUGCCUGCCGGGAGCCGCGCACUUGGCGCCUGCGCAGAGGGGCACGAAGCCUUCACCCUCGCUCCGCUCUGAGGAGGCAGGUCGUGGCCGAAUCGCUGGUGGGGCAAGAGGAGUAUGAUGGCAAACCACUUUGUAAAACCCGACUCUAGAAACUGCAAGAGGUUAAGAGAUACGGAGCCUCAGGUGUCUGAUAGUCAACAGGUACCACCUCUUGGAAAAUCAGAUUCAUCUUUCUCUGAGAUUUCUGGACUCUUUUAUAACGAGGAAGCCCUGGAGAAGGAUCUGAGCGAUAUGAGCAAGGAAAUUAAUCUGAUGUUGUCUACAUAUGCAAAGAUUUUAAGUGAGAGAGCAGCAGUAGAUGCAUCUUACAUCGAUGAGCUAGAUGGACUCUUCAAAGAAGCCAAUAUUAUUGAAAACUUCCUAGUACAAAAAAGAGAGUUCCUGAAGCAGAGGUUUACAGUGAUUACCAACACUCUGCACAAGGAAAGUGCUUAUACCAGCUGAAAAUGUUCCUAUUACUGCUGUGCUAUACUUGUUAAAGAAAAUAUAUAAUAAACUGUAACUUUUUCUAAAUUUAAAGGGGGCUUUAAGGUGGACAUUAGUACGAAGUGUGUAAUAUGUCUUUUGAGGGUCAAAUAUUUGUCACAUUAUAUAAAAAUGUAAAUUAAAAAUUAUAUACAUGUU